UUAACGAUACCGGAUAAACUUAUGACAUGUGCUUGUUAUAACACCGGUGAAGCGUGUCCUCUCCUCUAGAGAUGACGUGAGAGCAAAACAUGUCCGUCGCAUUUGAACUUAUUUUUGAUAUAAUUCACUUGAGGAAGCGCUGCUAGAAUCAUCGUCGGUAGAAAGUCCGGGAAGACGUGUUUAUAUUUACCAUCCUCCUUUUCCCCAGAGGUGAAUUUACAUGUUUUUAUAUUAUUAUUUUUUCGACUCUUUUCCUCACACUGGUGCUGUUUGUGUACUCUAAGCUGCGUUGAGGAGGCAUGGGGAUUAGGGCGGUGCAGCAGCAGUAUCACAGCAUCACCAUGGACCGCUUCAGCAGGCGGCUACCUGCCGGACACCUGUAGCAUCAACCGGCAUCAUGGCGAACACGACCACCGGGACCCGGGACCGCAGAGACAGCCGCUGUGGUUUGUCUGGAGAAGCCAUAGUGCAGAAUGGCUGUGUAGUGACGGAGCUGGCUACCUCUGACAUCCACAAUCACACCAACAACCACCACCAUGACCUCAGCUCCACCAUGCACAGUGAAACGGUCGUGCCCACCUACAAGCCAUCCUGCUCCUCCACCCCCAUCUACUACUGCAGCCCCCAAAAAAACUACUCGGACAUGAACCAGGACUGCCACAGCUUGACUUCCCAGGACUCGGGUAUCCCCACUCUGGAGAUCAACCCUCCAGAGCCCAUCAUCCACGCCCACCAACGCACCGGUGACGGAGGCCUCGUCUCUGACUCCAGUUUCUACUCGCCCGCCACUUUAACUUUGGAAGAUUCUACUGAUGGCAACUCCAUCCGCAAAUCCUCCACCUUCCCCCGCAGUGGGUACGACUCCAUCCGCCACCUUAGCCCCGCCCUCAGAUUGUCAACCACCUCGGGGGCGGCCGUCGGAGCUUUAAACCGCAGCGAUGACAUAUCCAGCAUGUCCAGCAUGAGCACCGAGCUGUCCGUCUCCAAUGAAGACAUCUUGGAUUUCACAGUCACCUCCAGCUCCAGCGCCAUCGUUACCUUGGAGACGGACGACAGCAGCGGCAGUCAUUUCACAGACGUGACACUGACGACGUCACCUGGAAACCCCGGAGACCUAUGGAGUCCUGUACGGGGUCCGCAUCAGGAAGAGGAUGGAAGGCUAAAGAAAUUAGGACCUCUAGCAAGCUUAUUCAACAGGAGCCUGUUUGCCAGGAGGGUGAAGGACAAUCGGCCGGUGGAGCAGAAGGAUCCGGGGUGGAAGCUGUUUGGGAAGGUCCCCCUCAGGGAAGGCCCCAUUAAGGACCCCAAGAGAAUACAGAAGGUAGAAAUCUUCUUUUUACAGAUGUUGACUUACUUUGCGGCUUUUGAAGUGUUCUUUGAAGAAAAUCUACCAAAGCUCUUUGCACAUUUCCAGAAAAACAACUUGACCCCUGAUAUUUAUUUAAUCGACUGGAUCUUCACUCUGUACAGUAAGUCCCUGCCGCUGGACCUGGCUUGCCGGGUGUGGGACGUGUUCUGCAGAGACCAUGAGGAGUUCCUGUUCCGCACGGGGCUGGGGCUGCUGCGCCUCUACCAGGACGUCCUCUCCCCCAUGGACUUCAUCCACAUGGCUCAGUUCCUCACCCGCCUCCCCGACCUCAUCCCAGCGGAUCAGCUCUUCCAGCACAUCACUGCCAUCCACAUGACCAGCCGCAACAGGAAGUGGGCGCAGGUCCUGCAGGCGCUACAGAAAGAUCCGGAGCGAUGCAGCCCGGUGCUGAAGCGCUGA